GAGAUAUCUUGCAUCGUCUGCUAAAAAAGCGUUGUAACCACACUUCAUAUAUUUUGCGUCCUAGACAGUCGCAAAAAUGUCUGUUUGUUCAUUUUGCGUGAUAUAUUUAAUGUGUUUUUGUUAUUCUAAAGCUUUGUCCGUUGAAGAAAGGUUAAUUAAGGUAGAACAAAUGUUGGAGCAUCAAGAGAAAAUAAUCCGGGACCAAGAAACCACCAUUAAAAGCCACGAGAAGAAUAAUGCUGAUCUUAAAUUGCGAUUAGAAGUGCUUGAAAGGGAUAUGAGAAAACACGAAAUACUAACACAUGCUAGAGAAGUCACGAACGAUAGUGUAGAAAAUCAACGCGGAGAUGAUGUUGUUGAAAAUGCUUUCAACAGCGACUUAGAUCACAAUUAAAGACAUGAGGGCAGCAGACGAUAUUCAAAUCACCUCAUCCAGUCUGAACCGCAUAAUUAAGCGGCAAUCGAACGGAAUUGCAUUCCAUGCUUACAUCACUGGAAGUAAAUGCGUCCAUGACAAACAAGUGGUUGUGUUUGAUACAGAGGCAGUAGAUGAAGGUAAUGGUUACAGUCCAACAGACGGGAUAUAUGUCGUGCCAGAAACCGGGACGUAUGUGUUUAUGUGGACUAUGUUUUCGUCGUAUCAGGAAUGGUCCAUAACUGACAUAAUUGUUGACGGAAGAACAAAAGGAUGGAUAACGACAGAUGAUCAAAACGAUCAGGCAACUGGAAUAGCUAUUGUUCAUGUAAACACGGGUAUCCAUGUAUUUAUCCGAAGAGAUAGGGGCAGUGGCUGCACCAUACACGAUGGCAUGUCUCGACCAACGUUUACAGGAUGGAAACUGUUUUAAUUACUUGAGAUACUAUGUAGAUUUUGCCUGAACUUAAAGUAUAUUACACGAAAUCUAUA